CUGGAAUCCGCCAAAAGCGAGUUUGCCCUGCGGCACCAGCAAUUUCAGGAACUGGUGAAACCGCUGGCGGAAAACUACGGCAAACUGAAUCCCCAGAUAGAAUCGCUGAGCACGCAGGUGAAGUCCGUCACUGCGGAAACCAGCAAGUUGUCGACUGCUUUGACCGACAACCGGAAAGCCGGCCACUGGGGGGAGGUGCAGCUCCGAAAGGUCGCCGAGCUGGCCGGCAUGUCCCAGCACUGCGAUUUUGCAGAGCAAACCGGCGUGCCCGACGGUCGGCCGGACAUGAUUGUCAAUCUUCCGGAACGGCGGGCGGUGGUGGUAGACGCCAAAGCCCCACUCAAUGCUUACCUGGCAGCCCAGAACGCCGCCGAGGGUGAGUCUGCGGACGCCAUCUGGAUGCGACACCCCCGUGCGUUGCGCGCCCAGGUGGACGACCUUUCCAGGAAGGGUUACGGCGUGAGUGUCGCGGGUUCGCUGGAUUUCGUGGUGAUGUUCGUUCCCGGCGACCAGUUCCUGUCCUCGGCUCUGCACGCUAAUCCCAAUCUCAUCGAAUACGCUAUGAGCAAGCGGAUUGCCAUCGCCACCCCCGCUUCCCUUAUUGCGAUGUUGUGGGCCGUGGCCAACGGAUGGCAGCAGUUCCGGCUGGCGCAGGACGCCGCCAGAAUCAAGGACGUGGGCGAAGAAAUGCAUAAACGUAUGCAGAUUUUCAUGCGGCACUACCAGAACGUGGGCAAAGAAUUGGAUUCGGCGGUUAAGGCGUACAACUCGUCCAUCAGCUCUUUCGAUCAAAGGGUGGUACCCCAGGGGCGACGUUUCGCCGACCUGGUGGUGAGCGAUGAGGACGAUUUCCAGGCCCAACGCCGAUUGAGUCCUCCCCGUCGGAUUCCAGAUACAGCGACCACCUGGCGGCUUGAACCAUGA